GCAAGCAUUGAUUUUAGCAAUGGAUCCUAGAUUGUUUUAUGCAGCUUUCACAGGAGAUGUGAACGCUUUGCUAGAAUUAAUCCGGGAAGAUCCUCUCCUUCUCCAUGCUGUAACAGUCACCACAUCAAACACACCAUUGCAUGUUGCUGCACUUCUUGGGCAUGCUCAGUUUGCCAUGGUAGCGAUGCAAAAUUGUCCUGGAUUAGCCGAUGAACUUAACCAACAAGGUUUUUCUCCCAUUCAUCUGGCCUCGGCAAAAGGUCACUGGGAGAUAGUGAGGGACAUGCUGGUUCGUCGACCUGAUCUUGCUCUUAUAAAAGAUGAAGAUGGAAAGAAUCCCCUUCACACUGCUGCCACUAAGGGGAGAAUACAAGUGUUGAGAGAGGUCUUUUCGAUUGAAUCAGCGCAAGAGCUUACUCCGAAGGGUGAGAAUGCCUUGCAUGUUGCCGUUAAACAUAAUCAACACAAGGCAUUGGAGACUUUGAUUCAGCUUGCUAAUCAAAUACAAGUUGGAAAUGAGCUUGUCAAUGCCAAAGAUGAAGAUGGUAACACCGUGCUUCACCUUGCCUGUGCUGCAAAAAACUCAAAGAUCGUAAAGCUUCUUGUAUCAGAUCAGACUAAUGUUGAAGUGAAUGCGGUUAAUUCAGAAGGUCUUACAGCAUUAGAUAUUUCUGUAACAUCAAUGGCAGGUUCUAAUGAACUGGAAGAAAUACAAGAAGUGCUUCGAAGUGCCGGAGCAGAGGUGUCCGGGAGGCUAGUUCAAGCUGAUGUCAGUAACCAACGACAACAAGCAUUAUCAAGAGAAGAUCGGUCCUUGACUUCAAGAGACGAAAAAUAUACUGAUUCACUGAGGAACGGUAUUGGUGUUUUAGCUGUAUUGUUUGCCACAUUAUCUUUCCAAUUGGGAAUGAAUCCUCCCGGAGGUUUUUGGCAGGAUUGGGCCCCGGGUACCAGCCAAAAUUCUCUUAAUGACACACACAAGCCUGGAAAAUCCAUAAUUUGGGAACUACGAAAAAGUGAAUCCCUUAAAUUUUUCCGGAUGAACGCAGUUUGCUUUUUCUCAUCGUUAACAAUGCUUGUGGUCUUGGCAUCGACUGAACUUUUAAACAGCAGUGGGUCAUAUGCUUUCAAUGAGAAUCGGCAAGUGUAUUGGAUCUCUAUGUUGUAUUUACUAUUUGGAUCUCUCUUGGUUUCUGCUGCUCAAGAAUUUAUACUGGGAAUGGCUCUUGUUACAUACACUAGCAGUGCUUACAUUUCUUCCAACAUUUGUAGUCAAGCUUGGACCCUGAUUGCUGUCUUUUUUCUGCUUGCAUUCAUUGUUUUUCCACUCUGCACAUUUGUCCGUGGAAGGCUUUGGAGGUGA